AUGGCGGCGGAGGCGCAGCCCCAAAUCGUGGUCGAGGUGGCCGACCAACCACCUUCGCCGAGACGACCGAGCCGCGCGUUGAAACCGAGCGCGAAAGCUCGCGAAGCCAUGCAAUCGCUCGAGGACGUGGCUACCACGUCGAGGAAAGCGGCGAGCGAGACCACGCGGGCGGUUACGACGCGAGGAGCACGCGCGUCUGGGAUUUUAUAUGGAGCCAACAGCCGGAUCGAGACGGGGAAGUCAGGUAUACAGAUGCUCCUGGAGGCGAUCAACGAACAACGAGACGAAAUGUACCGAAUGAUUACCGAGCAGCGAAACACGAUUGGCGAACUACGCGAGGUGAUUUGCAAGCAGCACGACGCGAUUCAAGAACUACAUCGCCAACUUGCAGACACCAGGACCCAGCUUUCUGAAGAACUGAGACAAGCGCGGGAUCAGAUUGAUACCCUUCAACGCCACCCGGUAGCCAUGGCUUCGUCCCAACCAAGCGCAAGAGGGUCAUACGCCGAAGUCGCUCGCACCCCACCAUCAAGCCAGCCAAGCGGUGUGCGCACCCUCUCCUCGCGAAACACGACGCCUUCAUCCUUUACCGACACGUUGUUCUGUACGAUCGAUACAUCUAGGGUGGAGGAGAAAGAGAAGGGAAACGUCCAGGUGGCGGACAUUAGAAAGGCAAUCGAGACAGAGGCCAGGGCACAGGAAAGCAUGGGAGACUGGCGUUGCGCUGCGGUUGUGAAGGAGGCCCGAACCCCGGACCGAGUCAGAGUAAUCUGCAGAGACGAAAGCGAAGUCCAGCUCGUCAAGGAAGCGGCAGUGAAGAUCAGUGUUCCUGGAGUGCGGGUAUUGAGAGACCAGUUGUACCCGGUGAGGGUAGACAAUGCCAACCGAACAGCGGUCCUCGAUGCGGACGGAAACAUCCUGCCGGGAGCCGCAGAGGCGCUAGGGACAGAGAACGACGUCAACAUUGCGAAGAUUGCCUGGCUCAGCAGGAAGGAUACAAGCAAGGCCUACGGCUCGAUGGUUGUCUACGUGACGAAGGGCAGCGAAGCAAGGCGACUUCUAGACGGGCGUUACUUCCAUCUCGCCGGAGAAUCCGCUUACACGACCGUUUUCGCGCCCCGGGAAGGCCCAAUCCAGUGCUACAGAUGCCAGGAGAUCGGCCAUAAGGCCUUCGCCUGCAAAAAGCCGCAAAGAUGCGGAAGGUGUGCGGAACAGGGUCACCACCACAAGACGUGUCAGUCCGUGACGCUUAAGAUCCUUCAGCUCAACGUCCGCAAACGGAGAGAAGUGCAGCAGAGUCUGCUAAACGACGAGGGACUCAAGGACUUCGCAGUGCUGGCCAUCUCCGAACCAUAUGCCAGGCUGAUCGAAGGCUCGGUGACGACGGUCCCAAUGAGUCAUCACAACUGGACGAAGCUUAUACCAACGACAAGACGAGAAACCACGUGGCCAAUUCGGAGCAUGCUAUGGGUACGAAGCGAUAUAGAGGUCGAGCAGAUUCCAGUGCCGUCGGCAGACCUCACCGCAGCACGCAUUCGGCUCCCAGAUCGGGCAGUGCUGAUGGUGUCAGUGUAUGUGGAGGGUGGUAGUGACGAAGCACUGGAAGAUGCAAUGAGGGAAAUUGACCGACUGAUUAGGAGGUUUCGAAACGGAACAGGGACGAGAACGGAUAUCAUCCUGGCGGGCGAUUUCAACCGCCACGACCAGCUUUGGGGAGGGGACGAUGUCUCACCACGGAGACAAGGCGAGGGAGACCGCAUCAUCAACCUCAUGGACGAACACUCCCUCUGCAGCCUCCUCCCAAGAGGCACGAAGACGUGGCAGUCAGGCGACAUUGAGAGCACAAUCGACCUGGUACUGGCCUCUGCAGAACUAGCAGACCAACUACUCAGAUGCACGAUUCACCCCUGCGACCAUGGCUCAGACCACAGAGCAAUCGAGACAGCUUUUGACACCACGGUGGAGGACCGUCCCAGUGAGACGAGACAUACACGUUUUGGAGAAACCAGGCGAGAUCUCGACGUAGGAUUGGGCAAACAGCACCAGAGCUCGAACAACGAGCCAGGAUGGCAGCCAAAGAGUACCACGACGCCAUCCGCAGACAGAAGAGUUCGCAUUGGAACGACUUCCUGGCCCGAUGACGCUAACAUCUGGCAAGCAACGAAGUAUCUGCAAACCGGCAGCGGCACGAUGGGCGAUAAGAUACCCCCGCUCGUCCGACCCGAUGGCUCCAUCACGGAGGGUAAAGCAGAACAAGCGCAGGAGUUACUCACCGCCUUCUUCCCACCUUUGUCAGCGAGAAUCGAAGACGAGGGCCAACGACCUCAACGGGCGCCGGUACACAUGCCAGACCUAACAAUGGAGGAGAUAGAACAAAAGGUCCUGUCCGCUAAGCCAUGGAAGGCGCCCGGGGAAGACGGUCUACCGGCAAUGGUAUGGAGACAGCUCUGGCCAGUGGUCAAAGACAGGGUGCUCCAUUUAUUCCGGACGUCGCUUCGAGACGGCGACAUCCCCAGCCAGUGGAGGAAUGCCAAGAUCAUCCCAUUGAAGAAGCCAGGGAAGAGCGAAUACACUCUAGCCAAGUCCUGGAGACCCAUCUCGCUGCUCUCCACGCUGGGUAAGAUACUGGAGGCAGUCAUUGCGGAGCGUUUAUCCCAUGCUGUGGAGACCUGCGGCCUUCUACCCGCCAACCACUUCGGAGCCAGGAAGAGACGCUCGACCGAACAGGCUCUCCUUCUGCUUCAGGAACACAUCUACAAAGCAUGGAGAGCUAGGAAGGUGCUCAGUUUGAUCAGCUUCGAUGUCAAGGGCGCAUACAAUGGGGUCUUCAAAGACAGGCUUCUCCAGAGGCUCAAGGCAAGAGGGAUACCUGAACCCCUGGUCAAGUGGAUCGACGCCUUCUGCUCCAAGCGCACAGCGACCAUUGCCGUAAACGGGUUCACAUCUGGACGGCAAGAGCUGCCCCAAGCGGGUCUUCCGCAAGGAUCGCCGCUGUCUCCAGUGUUGUUCCUCUUCUUCAACGCCGACCUAGUGCAGCACAAGAUCGACGCGAACGGAGGCGCAAUUGCCUUCGUGGACGACUACACUGCCUGGGUAACGGGCCCGUCAGCGGAGUCGAACCGCACUGGAAUCCAAGCUAUCAUCGACAAAGCCCUUGACUGGGAGAAACGGAGCGGUGCGCAGUUUGAAGGCGAAAAGACAGCCAUCAUACACUUCACGAGGAACAUGGAGCGAUUUUCAGAACAACCGUUCUCGGUCAAAGGCGAAGUGGUCAAACCGAAGGAAAGUGCGAAAAUCCUAGGUGUCGUGAUGGAUCGCGAACUCCGCUACAAGCAGCACAUUGCUAGGACGGCAGCUAAGGGCCUCGCAGCCGCUCUGGCCCUGAAGAGGCUGAAGAUGCUUUCCCCGCGGACAGCGAGACAGCUAUUUGUUGCGACAGUAGCCCCGGUCAUGGACUACGCUGCCAAUGUCUGGAUGCAUGCGUGCGGGGAAAAAGCACUGAGCUGGCUGAACAGGGCGCAGAAGAUCGGGGCCCUGGCCAUCACGGGAGCCUUUCGAACCGCGGCAACAGCCGUGGUGGAAGCUGAAGCGAGCAUCUACCCCGUACGAGAACGACACGCCCAGGCGGCAGCAAGUCUGUGGAUCAACAUCCACACGCUGCCCGGAACGCAUCCCCUUGCCAUGAAGAAAGUCCGGACCACCGUACGAUUCGUAUCUCCGCUGCAGAAAAUUGCCCGCGUGGCCGAAGGAGUACGAGUUGACCGGAUGGAGACAAUCCAGGAAUACGCCGUCCCGCCCUGGGUACCUCGCCUACGACCGACGCUCGAAGCCGAUCGAGGGAAGGCGGCCGAGAUGGUCAACAAAAUCUCGGGAAUCGUGAUCGCAACCAGCUCAUCCAACCCAUAUACAGCAGAGCUAGCAGCCAUCGCAAUGGCCCUGGAGAAGUUACCGGCUAGCAUCUGCCACAGGCACAUCACCGUGAUCACUAGGAACCAGUCAGCGCUGGCAGCAGUUGGACAGCCGCGGCAGCAAUCCGGCCAAAGCAUCAUACGGCAAAUCUACGACUUGGCCAGGCUGCACCGACAAAGAGGGAACUCGGUCAACUUUCUGUGGAUACCAGCGGAGAUUGACUUCGCGCUGGGGUCAGAUGCCAAGGCAGCAGCCCAGAGAGCGUCGAAGCAAGGACGCACACCCGACUCCCAAAUACCCCAGGCCAAGUCUACCGCGAUGAGGCUGGCAAUGGAAAGACAACGGGCGACAAGAGUUCUACCUGUAAGCGUGGGCAAGUUCUCAAAGGCCAUGGACGCAGCACUACCAGGCAAGCACACGCGCCAUCUCUAUGACAAGCUGAAGCGAAGGGAGGCCUGCGUAUUGGCGCAGCUCCGAACCGGAAUGGCGAGACUAAACGGUUUUUUGAGCAGGAUUGGGGCGGUCGAGUCAGACCUUUGUGCCUGUGGACAAGCGAGGGAAUCAGUGGAACACUUUCUUUUCCGAUGCGUGAGAUGGACAGCUCUGAGGGAAGACAUGCUGCAAUGCACAGUGGCAAGACGAGGAAGCCUCUCGUUCUAUCUGGGAGGGAAAGCGCCAUCAGAUACAAGGCAUUGGUCACCAGAUAUGAAGGCAGUCCGGGCGACGAUCAAAUACGCAAUGGCAACAGGAAGGCUGGAGCUGAAUGAAGAGGAGAGUCUAGACCAGUCACAGUAG